AUGUCCCAGUCCGCGAUGCCGCCCGCAAGCUCGUCCAGUCCGGGCGCUAGAGCUCCCAUGCCUGUGCCCGCAUCUCAACAACAGCAACAACAGCAACAACAACAGCAUCAAGGUAGCCCAUCGUCGCGCGGAACGUCGCCGGCGUUCGACCGUAAUCGGACGGUACGCGCGCAGUCGAUGCAGGCCUACGCCACCGCCAACGCUGCCGCCGCUUCCUCGCCGCCGGCAUCCCAGCAGGCCUUCCCAUCCAAACCUACGCCGCCGCCGGGAUCGACAGAGCGCCCCCCGCCUCCGCAACACGCGCUGUCGCAGCCGAAUAUCCAGCAAGUGUCAUCGACCACCGCGCCGCGCAACCCGCACCGACACUCUGCGCCGCUUUACAACGCUUUCAUGCCGCCUGGCCCCGAGGCAUUCGCUAUGCACCCUGAUAUCAUGGCUGAACUCGAACUGAGGGCACAAGGGCUCGUCCAUGCUGCUGCGUCUGACAUCACACCUAAUCUCGCCGCUGGUCUCGGUGGGAUAGCCUAUUCUGGCGGUGCGAGCUCUAGCUCUGUCAAUGUCGCUGGUACCUCCGGGGAGAGAGAACGAGCGCCGGAGCUUACGCGUCGCGGGAGUACGCGCGACCAAGCUCAGCAGGGAUACGAUCAGCAGCAGCAGCAAGCAUACGAGUACGAGAUGGGACGUUAUGCCCAGCAACAAGCCUACGAGCAGCAGUAUCUGCAGUACGAUCGCGAAGCCUACAUCCCUCUUCCACCCGCAGGUCGUUCGCCCGCUACACCGCCUCCCGUACAGACUACGACGCGCAAGGCAGCGCCAGCCUAUGUCCCUUCGCCCGUAGCGACCGCCCCCGCAAAGCUUCCGGAUGCAGCUUCUCAGAAGCGCACCGAUUCGGGCGGUAAAGAUCCGAUCCAGAAAGGGAACAAGGAUUCUCGUUCGGGAUCAGGUCAGGGACAACAAGGACAGGGACAACAAGGUCAAGGCACGCCUGAGUUGCCGGUGCAUGAGGACGAUGCGGAGCAGGAUCAUAUCCUCGCUGAGCGGUGGCCGGCGGGGCGUACACCGUCGCCUGUGCCGUCGAGCGACAUUCUUCCUGAUGCGCUCAGGCGUAAGGAUGCUCAGCAGAUCAGUCAAGGCGCCCAACAGCAACCGCAGCAGAUUGAUGGCGAGGACCGUAGUGCGGGUGAAGAUAGUCACACACCCCGCUCCCCGGUGAAUUCGUUACCGAUGCACCAGUCUCAAGCCAUAGCCGCCAUGCUCAACGCGCGGCACCAUCCUCGCCGCCGUCUCGACAGCGCAGCCUCGAGCGCGUUCGGCCUUCCACCAUCUAGCGAAUACGGACAAACGAGCGAGUAUAUGUUCGCGCAUCCCUCAGAAGAUCCACGGUGGAGCCACCUAUUCGACGAUCCGGAAAUGGCGUACUAUACCGGCGCGUUCUCGAACUCGCCUGUCAGCACAAACUCUCGCCCGGGCGCCCCGAUCCCGCCUACAUCCGCCGCGCCGAGCCCUCUCCCAGCACACCUCCAGAUGAAUGCCGCUCGCGUAGCGGCCCUGCGUCAAGCGUACUCCCCGGCGCCAAUGCCCACGGGCAGCCCUUAUCCUUUCCCUUUCGGACAUAUCCCUCGUGGUGCAGGUCCCUCUGCAGGCUACGCUGGGACGGGGACAUUGGAUAGUAUGGAUGCCGCUGCAGUUCAAGAACAAUUGGCGGCGCAGAUGAGGACGUAUGCGGCGAAUAAUGGGGGUUUGGAGAGUGUUAGCACCCUCAGCCCUCGUGCCAGUCCGGCGCCGUGGCCAUACCCGCCUGGACAUAAUCCUUGGGCGUACCUCCAGACUUCGCGCGUCUAUGGCGCACAUCCUCUACAUCCGCCUCCACGGCGGCACGCGCUGGCGAGCGAUGCGAGUAUCCGGAGUAGUCCGAGCCAUGAGCCUGUUCAGUUGCCUCUGAUGCCGACGGGGAGAGGUGCUGCGAGGGUUCGGAGGGGGAGUAGCUUGAGGCCACAGGCGAAUGGGGCGACAAAGGGGAAGGCGAAGAGGAAUCUGAGGCCGGCGAGUACGCAGCCUAGGGACACAAGCCCUGAGCCUUCAAGCUCGAGCGGGGAGGAAACCGCACUGGAGUCGCAUGUCGGACGCAUGUCGGAUGAGGAGCACGAGGAUGAGGUCGAUGAUGGCGUCGAGGGCAAGGGGAAGGGUGUCAUGACGAGUGAGAGUGAUCGACCGGAGAGUACGGGCGAGAGUACGGCAUAUGCGCCUGGAUCGGGCACCGGAGAGGAUGAAUGGGUGGAUGUCAGUGAUGAUGAUACGGAGGAUCUAUUGGGAAUUGAAUUCCAUCCGGAGUUUAUUGGACAGCCGGAGAAGAGGAGAAGGAGGUUCGAGGCGAGGUGGGAUGCUCUCGUUCGUGCCUUCAACGAGCUCGAUCGGGAAACGGAUACGCCCAUGGUCCUCCUCGCCGCCCCGGCCCACACAUCCAAACUGCACGCUCACACAUCCCGCGCUCUCCGACGCACGCGCUCCUCACCAACAGCUUCAUCCCACAUGGCUUCUGUCCGUCGCUCCUUCAGCCUUCUCGCAGCCGAACGUGCUCCCUCCGCCGCCCUCCCAUCACUCUGGGAAACCCUCUCCGCCUCUUCUCGCGCCGGCACACCUUCCGCACCCGAGAUGACGCAGUUGCUCGAGACUGCUUUGGGGAGCUUGGCGGCGUUGGGCGAGAUGUAUAGGGUCAGAGAGGCCAGGUGGGCGGAGGAGAUGGGGAGGGCUGAGGAGGAGAGGGAAAGGGUUCAGUUGUUGAUGAGGCAGGUUUUGGGCGCUGGUGCGGGCGGUGGUGGAGGGAUGGGGUUUAGGAACUGGAGUCCAUUCAGCGUCGGGAGUGCGAGCAGCUCGACUCUGGGUGUGAAUGGCAUGGUCAAUGGCGCAAGUCCUGGGGGUGGUGUGAAUGACUGGAUAUGUAUGGUGAACACGCUAGGAUCUAUGUAUUCCAUGAUGCACGACGUACGAUUCGGUGCGCACGAUUGA